GUGCUGAGUGUUGAGUGCUUUUGUUAAUGUUCAAAAUGAGCAUGUUGUGUUUUGCAGGUAAGCUGCCUUGGUGUGGAGGAGCACUCUGAAGAAGAUCCAUGCUUUCUGGUCCUGACUUCCCGAGGCACUGACGGCAGUGUGACGCGCUUCAUCAUGCAGGCAUCAUCUCCGGAUAUACAGCAGGCUUGGCACAGUGAUGUGGUCCAGAUAUUAGAGACUCAGAGGAACUUCCUUAAUGCUCUUCAAUCUCCGAUAGAAUACCAACGGAGGGAAAGUAAGUCAAACAGCCUGGGCAGGAACACGAAGUCUCCGUCUACACCAGCAUCUGGCCUGUGGCCUCACUCCUCAGCAUCCGUGGACAGGCGUCAGCAGCCCUGCUUGCUGUCUUAUAACACCUCCUUGCCCUCUAUGCAUUCAUCCCAGCACAGCCCGGCAUCGCAAACGGUGUCUAACCCUUGCGUGGUAACACUUUGUGCAGCUCACCCCUCACUUUCCUCCCCCAUGCAGCUCAGUCUGUGCUCAGAGGUGAGACGUGACUGUGGCACAUCCAAUGGCCUGGCUCCCUGCAGCUAUCACAGCCUGCAGGGUGUGCCCGCCAGUUUCCAGACGAUCACAUUUAAGGACGCUGGGACUUAUUCAGUGCAUCAACUAAAUAACUUGGAUCAGCUCAAGGAGAGCGAGCAAUAAUGCGCUGCAGUGUCACAUGAACUCAGUUUACCCUUCUGGAGCUGGAGUACCUCGACUAGGUCUGACUGCCAGGACACUUUGUUCCACUCAUGUACACAAGCUGUCCGAGUCUGCGUGUCUCUGUUUUCACAUAUUGUCUCAUAUUUCCUUUAGGCUUAUGAUGUGGGGACUAUUCUAGUGAAGUUAUGUUGGUGUGACUGUAUUCAUUUGAGUGCAUCUGCAUAUACAUUACCAAUCAGCUAUAACAUUAAAAACAAGAUGAACAAUUCCGAUCAUCUCUUGCAAUGCAAAAAUCUGCUGCGAAGCCUUAGGUGCUGCCAUUCAUCUGGAUGUUACGCUGAUAUUCAGAGACCAUCUAAAUAAUGUUUCUUCCACCUUAUUAGCGAAGGCACUCCUUGAGGGCAGCAGCCUCUUCCAACUGGACAGUGCACAAUACGCACUGCAAAAACUGGACGUAUGUAUGGAUGUAAAGUAAAAUAUGUUGACUUGGCCUCCAAACUUUACCCAUUCUGACUGAGGAUCUGCACGAAGGCACGAGAAAGCCCCGUCCAAGCUCCACCCUCCAUUCCACAGAACACAAAGUUUGCCACAGACUCAGUGAACCUGCAUCCAUGCCUCCAAAGCUGGGAUGCCAAAUUCAUUUUACAUUGAGGGGGCACAUACAGCCCACUUUGAUUUCAAGUGGGUUAGGCGUAUCUACACAUUUAAUGCCUGUGAUAUCUUAAUAUAAGAAAAAAGUGCAAUUUCAAAAUUUUGUCUCAGUUUUUUGGCUUGAUUAAAAAAAAAAAUGUUGCCAUAAGACAUGAACUAAUUUUAUCAGGAUGACUUUGGGGUUAAAUUGUAAGAAAUAAAUGUGUAAAAUUACAGAAAAAGUUCUGGUAUCUC